AUCAUUUUACAACAGUCAAACAAAUAGAAUUUUUAUAAAUUAGUCCAAGCAUUGUGAAAGUCAUUAGGAUUUCUCUCUUAACAAAACGAGACGAUAUAAUAUGUGAUUAGCAUUUGGAUUCAUAUCAGGCCAAAAGGUAGCUGCAAGUAUGUGGUUGAGACUCAAUAUAAACAAUGACAUAAAGAUGCAACACACACACACGCACACACACACACACACACUGGGAGCCUGGGACUAUGGUAGUAAGUGGGAGUAGUUCCUGGUUAGUUGAGCAGGAGGCUCUGAGACGCCACAGCAGUCUCCCCUGGAGCUGGGCGUGGGGCGGAAAGUGUGUGUGUGUGUGUGCGUGUGUGCGUGUGUGCGUGUGUGCAGGGGGUAAUUAUUUUGUGGCGGAGGAAGGGGUUGGAGGGGGGCGGUGCAUGUCCUUGGCAGACAGACAAACACCAAACACAUACAGUAUAAUAUUCAUCUUAAAGCAACAGUUUUUCCUUCCACUUGAGUAACUGUGUGCAGAACUCAGCAUUCACAUCUGUAUUAUUUGCUGAGAUGUUUAAAUUUCAGUUGAGUGAUUUUCUUUAUGAGCAACUAGUUGUGGUCGCUACAUCAAUCAAAUCUGGACCUUACUUUUGGGGGUACGAUAUGCCCACCCACCCUCUCUCUAAUGCCCAAUGACUUGUUGUUAAAUUCACCCACUAAUUGCUCUGGUUGGAGCCGUGGUCGACUGUGUUACCGCCGUCCUGCCCUCGAAUACACACACACACACACACACACACACAUAGAAACAUACAAUAUGCAUGCAUUUUCAUGUUUUGUCUCUUAUUUGUGGGCAAAAUUAGAUAUUUGUUAUCUGUCAUUUCAACAUGAAUGUGUUUGAGAACGCAUCUCUGCAUUUAUGAGAGAGUGAGUGUGUUUGUGCUUCUGUUUGCAUGCAUGUGUUUCUUGACUGUGUGUGUGUGUGUGUGUGUGUCUGUGUCUGUGUGUGUGUGUGUGUGUGUGUGUGUGAGAAGCUCCACUCUCAGUUGGGCAGAAACAAUGGAACCUCUCUGAUUACAUCUCCCUGUUCAGGCGAACAGGGUGUGUGUGUGUGUGUGUGUGUGUGUGUGUGCAUGCAAAGCUUCAGGGGGGAGGAAAGGGUGGCGGUCGCAUAAGAGGAACGAGGGAGAGGCGACAUUUGGACCCCCCCACUCCUCUGCCCUGUCUCCCACACACACUCGUUCCUUCCCCUCGCGUCCACCUGGCGUCUCAUUGGUUAAAUCCCCUACUACAUAUUUAUCUGAUUGGUCAGGGCGGGGUAUAUAUACAUAGCGUGGGCCGGUUAAAUCUGGCCACAAGUUUCAAAACUUUCAGACAAGGCAGACAGACAGAGACAGUGAGUCGGACGGCCCGAGUGACGGAGGGGAAUCAAGCUUUGGACAAACCACUUCACCGCACACUCCAAACAAGAACUGUUGUCUUUUGAGGAGAAGAAAAAAAAAGAGUGGAGAAAAGAAAGGGGCAGAGUCAUUGUGGAUCAUUUUCAGGGGGAAUAUCCUGCACCACAACUUGUUUGUCUUCUCUUUCUUUCUCUCUCUCCUCUGAGAUCUCGAUGCUUUGGUUUGGGAUUUUUGCUCCAAAUCCAUCAGAUCCAUCUCUUGAUCUUUCCCUUUGUUGUCUGAAAAACUUUGAGUUACAAUUUUUUUCCAGAACUUUGCAACCCACCAAACUGGGACAGACGUUUGCAGAAUUUCACUUGGACUAAAAUUUGAAUCAAAGCCCGAUUCUGGAAUGAAUUUAACUGAGCCCAGAUUGUCAAGAGAGACUCUCCUGCUUCCGACACGGGUGUCUCUCGGGGGCCCCUGGACCUCCAGAACCCCGAGUCCAACUUCUGAUUCUGAAAUGGGUUUUGAGCGGAACCUCUCCGAGGACUGCAGUUCCCUCGAUGGCCCCGUACCCGGGAGCAUGAGGAGAACAGAGCCGAGGAUUUCUCUGACUCCCAGUUCAGGUGGACAGAGCCCGGACCUGACCCAGCCAGGAGGGGUGUCGGUAGGCACAGCUGACGGGAAGGCCGCGGGGGGCGAGCAGCGGAUCCGCAGACCCAUGAAUGCCUUCAUGGUGUGGGCCAAAGAUGAGAGGAAGAGACUGGCCGUGCAGAACCCUGACCUGCACAACGCUGUGCUCAGCAAGAUGCUCGGUCAGUCAUGGAAGUCCCUGAGUGCCCCCGACAAGCGACCAUUUGUGGAGGAAGCCGAACGACUCCGUGUCCAGCACCUCCAGGAUCACCCAAACUACAAGUACAGACCUCGCAGAAAAAAGACCACCAAAAAACUCAAGCGGGUUGAACCAGGGAUUCUGCUUCACAGUCUGGCCCAAGGUGGUGGCGCAUGCCUCGGAUUAGGACCUGGCAUCGGCCCCUUGGGCGUAGAAAGUGUCUCUGGAGGUUAUGGACAUCCAGGUGCCCACCCUCCCCACCACCACCACUCUCACCACCUGUUGCCCUCUCUGGGGCACUUCAGAGACCUCCAGGCUCCAGGACACGCAGAGCUGGAAAGCUAUGGCCUGCCCACUCCAGAAAUGUCCCCUCUGGAUGUGCUGGAAGAUGGAGCUGGGGAAUCUGUGUUUUUCCCCCAACAUGUGCAAGAGGAGGGGGGAAUGGGAGGCUGGAGUGGGUACCACCACCACCUUCACCAUCAUAACCAACAUUACAGCCCUCACUACAACAACCACAGUCACCACAACUCCAUACAUGGUGCAGCAUCACAUGGUCAGGGCACAGGAAUGAGUGCUGGUGCCACUUUAAGCACCAGUAUGAAUUCCAGUUUGAGUCCAGGUAGAAGUUCUAGAAUUGACUCUAGAAUGAGCUCUGCUGAGUCAAAUAUGACCUCGAGUAUGACCUCUGUCACUUCAGCUUUGGUGAAUUCAGUCAACUCCAGGUUAAAUCCUACUCAUGCCUCCAGUCACCACAUCGCCUUAAGGAGUCCUGUAAAGUGCCCGACAAGUCUAUCGCCCUCCCCCUCCCCUGCGUCCUACCCACAGCCCUCUAUCAGCCUCUCUGAGCAAGUAAAAUAUCACCAAACAACCCUGAGCACUGCUCCCGUUGGCUACUUUAGUCAAAUGUAUGGGAAUGGCGUCCAGAAUGCCACCCAUUUCACAACUUCUAACCUGGGGCAGCUUUCCCCUCCUCCUGAAACUUCUCCCUCCUCCUGCUCAUCCACUAUCCUGUCAUCAACUUUUCUUCACCCAGUGCACUUAGACCCUUCAAACCCAGAGUCCGCCAGCCAUCUGGGGUCUUCCUCUGCUGAGUUUUGGUCUGAGGUGGACAGGCAUGAAUUCGACCAGUAUGUGAAUAUUGGAAGGAAUCGAGAGGAGGCCUUCGGACUUGGUGUUGGCUGUGGGGGAGGGUCAAAAGUCCUGGGUGGGCGCGGUGGUAAUAGCCUAGGUAGCAACAUUAAUAAUAGUGUUAGCAGUAUCAUUAACAGGGAUGUCAGUAGCAUUUUGAGUGGCGCAAGUGGGUGUGACGAAGGGAACAGCACUCUUAUAUCUGCUCUUUCUGAUGCCAGCAGUGCUGUGUAUUACAGUACCUGUAUCACUGGAUAAAUAUUACAUUAUCUCAUACCUCCUUCAAUACUACAGUUUGGUUUUGUUCAUCUGAGCCACAGUUAUAUUAUAGAGAGGAAGUAUAUGUCAGCAAGAGUUUUUUGUCCUACUUUAAAUCAAGCAAUUGUAAAGUUUUUCUCUGAAAUUACUUUCAGAGAAAAACUUUACAAUUGCUUGAUGUUCAAAAUAGAAUUGUAAAUUAAUUAAUGGUUUAGUUAUACAAACACUUGGAGCUCGAGCUUUGUAGAGCUUACAACUGGAAAACACAUUACUAGCAAAGAAAACACUUGUAAUUAAGUUGUUAGCAUAGUAAACUUAUGGACUAAACACAUGAUUGUUUAGUUCGUGGCACCUUUGAAUGGAGAAAUUUUAGCAGCAGUUUUUUUUGUUUUGCAGAGCAACUUCAAAAUUGAAUACCGUCAGUGACUAAGGCUCGAUUGAAAUGAACCGUAGGGGGGAAAAGCAUGCUGAUAAUGCAUUGUUGGCUUUGACGUUGUAAUCUUUUAACUUUAGGGCACUGGGAUGUUCCCCUGACGGCCAGUUGAACAGAGAGCAGCUGGUGAGCUUCUGUACAUUAGGCGUUUUUCUUGUGGCUUAUUGAGGGAGCUAGGUCUCCGUGUUAGCACGUGUGAUGCUAAUAAAUCUUUUUUUUUUUUUUUCAAAUCAAUAGCUGGUUGCAUUUCAGUGACCUGUUAAUUGUUCUGGUUGCUGCAUAAUAUCAACAAGUGCUUGUCUUAGUUGAAGUGCCUUUGGGCAGGUCACAAAGUUUCAACAUGGUCCAGGGGUCCAUUUGUCUUCACUCAGCACUUGCUAUGAUAAAAAAAUGCUAGAUGCAAAAUGGAAACUUUGAUUGCACUGUGCAUAUUAUGGCCACCAGAAAAAUCCCCAACUGUGAUGAACUUGAAUGUCAAGAUCAUCUCACGUAAUUUUUGAAAUUUCCACUCAGGAGCGGACUAAUAUUCAUCUCCACUGAACUUCAUGCAGUUGAUCUGAAUACAUCUCAACUUAAUGGGAACAAUAAAGCACAAUGAAGGACACGCUCUGGAGAUGGACGGAGAGAAAAAGACUUGGCGGGAGAGACUUGAUCCAGCCUCCGUGUAUAUAGUUGUCAGGAAAACCUUGGCCACGGACCCAGACCAGACCACUGAUGACUCCCACAAACUAUCAGAAUGCUUUACAAGCCUGGUCGGGUUGUUUCUGACCAUGAUGAAUGCCGUUCUCUCUCUAUCUCAGUCCAUGAGAGGGCCUCAUUUUGAAGCCCAUGCCAAAAUCUUUAGGUUUUAAGUUGCUUUGCUCCAUGGCCAACAUGAUAUGUUGAAAUUCAUUCUUUUUAACCAUUAAGCCACUCUGGUAUAACAACAUUUUUAAACAGAAUAUUCCCAGAUAUGGGUUAGCAGUUUGACCACUCGCACUACAAAUUCAAAUUCCACCCGUAAUUUCAUUUAAAAGUGUAAGGAUAAUGGUUCAGGUGCUGGAGACUUUGGUUCGAUGUAGCUGUUUGCUGUAUAUAUAUAUAUAUAUGUAUGCAGAUGCUAUGUCUCCAGGACAGUAUGCGAGGGAGAAACUGAGACUAUGAAAUGUUCUCUUUGCACUGGGUUUAAUGUCUUAGCUGUAUAGAAGGAACACUACUUAUCAAAUCUAAAGUCCAUAAUUUUAAAUAUGUUUUGUACAGAAAGAACUGUGUUGUGUUAAUGUUGUCUGAUAGAUUGUUAUUUAUCUUAAAGGAAUAGUUCAACAUGUUUGUUUGUAUUGUUGCUGAGAGUGAGGAGCUGAGAAGAUCAGUACCACUCUCAUGUCUGUAAGUUGAUCACUUCAUUUAUCAUCACUGCUCCUGGUUUUGUUUGCCAAGACAUUUUUAUACUGCAUACCUCCACUUAAAAAACAUAAAUUGUCACUUGUUAGAUAACAGCGAUAUAAGGUGUUAACUUGCAAACUUUUGCUGAUAUACUCACCAUCAGCAAUAAUGUCAAUAAGCAUAUUUAACAAAAUGUCAAACUAUUCCUUUAAAGAUGAUUCAAAUGUAAAGGCAUUGGAGCAGUGUGUUUCCACUGAUCUCAUUUUUUUGUGGGUGUAUGUAUUAUAGUGUAAACUUGCCUUAAAAAUAGCUAUAAUUGUCAUGAUCUCUUUCAGAUCUCUAUGGGUCUUUAAACUAUGCCCUACCAGUGACACCAGCAGACAAGAAACCCUCCCACACAAGUGUUUUUUUUUACCUUAAUUGCUGGAAGUUAAAAUUAGAAUUUGUGGUUUGUGCUGAGAAAAUGAAAAAUCAACAGUUUUAACCACUGUAGAGGUCUCUCUGUAUGUGUUUAUGUAGCAUCUAUCCUGUAAUAGUUUUGUAUACAGUCAGGGCAACAAAAAAAAGUCUCUCUUCAAGGAUUUAUCCUCCAUCUGUUCUGCAUUAGUUGUACAGACAAUACUUUUUUUGUACAUGAAACAGUAGAACAAAAUCAAGUAUCCUGUACAGUGAAACCAGUUAUAUUUACCACACCGUUCCUUGUGGCUGCCAUCGGUUGAAAACAGAGGAACAUUAGAUUUUUCCAAACAUUUCCUCUGGAGGAUGGAGCCACAGGGUAGCAGCAGUUCAAGCUUAAAGCAUUAAAAAAUAUUUCUACAUCUGCAUUUGACAUUCUUUUCUGUUGACACCAAACAGUCUUGUUUCCAUUUUAAUUGACUGUGACACACAAAGAAGAUCAGAGACAGGCGUUUUUGAAGCCGUGCAAUAACUCUGGGCUUUUGGUAAUAAUUAUCUGUAGGGGAAAAAAAGAAACACCCAAGAUUUUGGGAUUAAAACAAAGGACAUUUUCUCAGCAGUCAUAUAACGACAAAUUAAAACCAGGAGUUUCCCAGAAGUGUCACUGUGAUUCUUCUAAAUAUGUCUGACAGGGAUCAUUUUUAUAUUUUCUAAGUGUAGAAAAUUGUUUUGUUUUUGUUUAUAUUUGAAAAAUGUGGGUUGGCUGUAAAUGGAUCUGUUCUGUUUGAUAAAAUGAUUUCACAAAAUAAACACUUCUAAGGUU